GAGCGCGAGUCACGUGGCCGGGCGGGCCGAGUCCUGCUGCGGCGACAUGGCUGCGGAGCAGGACCCUGAGGCCCGCGCGGCCGCGCGGCCGCUACUCACCGACCUCUACCAGGCCACCAUGGCGCUGGGCUACUGGCGCGCGGGGCGCGCGUGCGACGAGGCCGAGUUUGAGCUUUUCUUCCGCCGCUGCCCUUUCGGUGGCGCCUUCGCGCUGGCGGCGGGGCUGCGCGACUGUGUGCGCUUCCUGCGCUCCUUCCGCCUGCAGGACGCAGACGUGCAGUUCCUGGCCUCGGUGCUGCCCCCAGACACGGACCCUGCGUUCUUUGAGCACCUUCGUGCCCUCGACUGUUCUGGGGUGACAGUGCGGGCCCUGCCCGAGGGCUCCUUGGCCUUUCCUGGCGUGCCCCUGCUGCAGGUGUCGGGACCCCUGCUGGUUGUGCAGCUGCUGGAGACCCCGCUGCUGUGCCUGGUUGGCUACGCCAGCCUCAUUGCCACGAAUGCAGCACGGCUUCGCCUGAUUGCAGGACCGGAGAAGCGGCUGCUGGAGAUGGGGCUGCGACGCGCUCAGGGUCCAGACGGGGGUCUCACAGCCUCCACCUACAGCUACCUGGGUGGCUUUGAUGGCACCAGCAACGUGCUUGCAGGACAGCUGCGGGGUGUGCCCGUGGCCGGAACCCUGGCGCAUUCCUUCAUCACCUCCUUUUCCGGUUCUGAGGUGCCCCCGGACCCGAUGUUGGCGCUGCCUGCCAGGCAGGGCCCCAGCGUGGACCUGGCCACCCGUGUGGAGGCAUGGCUGGAGCGUGUGUGUGCCCACCUGGGGCUGGAGGUGCAGGAGCCACACCCGGGAGAGCGGGCUGCUUUUGUGGCCUAUGCUCUGGCCUUUCCCCAGGCCUUCCAGGGCCUGCUGGACACCUACAGUGUGCGGAGGAGUGGUCUUCCCAAUUUCCUGGCAGUAGCCCUGGCCCUCGAGGAGCUGGGCUACCAGGCAGUUGGUGUGAGGCUGGACAGCGGUGACCUGCUUCAGCAGGCCCAGGAGAUCCGUAUUGUCUUCCGGACCUUUGCAGCCCAGUUCCAGGUGCCUUGGCUGGCGUCUGUCCCCAUCGCUGUCAGCAACAACAUUGGCGAGGAAGAGCUGGCACAGCUUGCCCAGGAGGGCAGUGAGGUGAACCUCAUCGGCAUUGGCACCAGCGUGGUCACCUGCCCCCGCCAGCCUUCCCUGGGCUGCGUCUACAAGUUGGUGUCUGUGGGAGGCCAGCCCCGGAUGAAGCUGACGGAGGACCCUGAGAAGCAGACCCUGCCAGGAAGCAAGGCUGCCUUCCGGCUCCGGGACUCUGAUGGGUCUCUGCUGUUGGAUGUACUUCAGUUGGCAGAGGAGCCCCCACCCCAGGCUGGCCAGGAGCUGAGGGUCUGGCCGAGAGGGGCCAGGGAGUCCUGCACUGUGAGGCCCGCCUAUGUGGAGCCCUUGUUGCGACUCUGGGUCCAGCGGGGACAGCUGUGUGAGCCUCUCCCAUCUCUGGCUGAAUCUAGAGCCUUCUCCCAGCUGUCCCUGAGCCGCCUCAGCCUUGCACACAGGCGGCUGGUGCAGCCCGCCCAGUACCAGGUCGUGCUGUCUGAGAAGCUGCAGGCCCUGGUGGACAGAUUGAGUGCCGGAGGCCGCCCCUGAGGACCCCAUGCUGGGGGCUGCCUGAAACUAACACAAGCCACCCACUGUACCCCACAA